AUGAACAGGCUUGUUCUUUUGGCGGUCGCUUUUGUGUAUUUGUUAAUGUAUGCUGACGCGACCAGGGAGUCCAAGUUGAAGGAAUUAAUGGACGAUCCGACUCGAGAGUUUCAGAAUAACCUCGCUAGGAGGAAUCUGAGAGCUGACAGGUCCGAUGAGGACGAAGAGAGAGUGAAUAUUCCCGGCUUUAACAAAAUUGCACAAGUGUUUAAGUCCAGCAAGACUAAAGAGCUUCAGGGUCUACUCAAGGCAGACGAUUCGCUCGCAAACGCCUUCAAGACGUUAGGGCUAAGCAAAAUGCCCAUCGGCAAGGACAACUUUAUCGAGACGGAUAUGGUGGCUAAGCUCUUUUCGAGUCCCAACUUCAAAAUUUGGGCUCGGCAUGCUGCAAACGUAAACAAGCAGGACCCAGAGAGCGCGAUGCUUGCCGCUCUGACGAACGUCUUUGGUGAGAAAGAGGUGGCGACGAUGAUUUUAGUGGGGAAGCUUAGAUGGAGAUCAAAGAGUAUUGCCCAGAAGCUGGAGACCGCGCAGCUCAGCAAGUGGUACUCGAAGGGGCUUGCAGCAGACGACGUGUUCAGGCAGAUUUUGAGCGCGGAUCCAAGCAGGAUUAAAGGGUACGGGCGAUACAAGGGUAUUUGGGAGAACUACUCGUAUUACUUUAUCAAGAGAGUGGUGAACUAUUAG